GGACCAGAACGUGGUUUUCGGAAGCAACAUUACUCCAGGGAACUCCUUGGUUCCUCUACUGCUGUUGCUGACUACCAUCCUCUCACAUUGCUAUGGUAGGGCUGCGAUAGGUUUCGCAUGCUGCAUACCAGCACCGAGUUCGCCUCCAACCCUGGUUUAUUGCUCUGAGGUAGAAAGAGAAAAGGCAGGCGGAGUUUUCGCUGUCGGGAGUCGUCUCUGGAAAGCAAAUCUCCGUUGCUGCUGACCUGGUCAGCCAUGGCGCCGUCUAUACCUGUAAGCGGAAGCCGCUGGCGGGACCUCCCGUUCGUGCUGCUGCUGGUGACGCUGCUGGCGCUCCAUCCUCUGCUGCUGGGUGCUGCCGACACCGGUCCGCAGCAGACGCCCGACAUGGCGGCACUGCUGCAGUUGCAGGCAGCAUUGCAGUCAACGGCCCCAGGGGUGCUGCCAACGUGGGGAGGGGACGGGGACCCGUGUGAGAAGGCAUGGACCACUGACAUCCGAUGCGACCCUGUCACUCGCCGCGUGGUGCAUCUCGAUCUCAAGCGUUCAGGCCUCGUUGGGAACAUUCCAACCUUUGAACUCUCCCUAUUCGAUGCUCUCACAUACCUGGACCUGGCUGCGAACAACUUCUCGGCGUUCAACGGCCAGGAGUUCAUCGUGCAGAUGACCAGCCUGCAGCACCUGUCUCUGGCAAGGAACAACAUGAAGUGGUUCCCUACAGACGUCGACAUGCUCACAAGCCUCACCUUCCUCGACCUGAGCAACAACCAGUUUGACGGCAAGAUCCCCAUGGACAUCUUCCAGCUCCGCAACUUGGAAGUGCUGUCACUGGAAAACAACCUGUUCACAGGGAGUGUGCCUCGCACUCUCAGCAACCUCGUCCGCCUCAAGACACUCAAUCUCGGCAAGAACGACUUCUAUGGGCCUCUUCCACAGUUCUUUGGCGCCAUGCACGACCUGGUCAACCUGAAGAUGGACCUGAAUCGCCUGGAAGGGACCAUCCCCGACACCUUUGCCAUCCUCAGGAACCUCCGCCGCUUGGACCUGAGCUCCAACAAGAACCUCACCGGCCCUCUCCCCAGCUUCUUGGGCGAGCUCGGUCUGCUGCAGUCACUGGUGAUCCCUCGCCCGCCUGCCCUACCUGACCGAGCUCUUUCUGAGCACAACCGCUUUGAAGGCUCCAUCCCUGAGGCGUUUGGGCACUUCCCGCGCAUCGUGUCGCUCUACCUCAGCAGCAAUCGGCUCACCGGGCCGAUUCCAGAGAGCAUGUGUGGUCUGGCCACGGUGGAGCUGCUGGUGCUGGAGAGGAACGAGCUCACUGGGCCGAUUCCCCCCUGCAUGACGCAGCUGCAGGGGCUGCUGAUCCUGGACGUGUCGGAGAACUACCUCACAGGCACGAUUCCCGUUGUCCCACCCGGCGCACCCAUCCAGUUUGUCUACACCAACAACUGCUUUGACAGGGCGGAGGACAACUCCCCCUCCUGCCCCGCAAAGCCACCUGGAGCACUGCCAUCGGGGGGACAGGUGGGGGUGCCGAUCGAUCAGCAGCAAGGGGGCGGAUCCCUCAACCAGCAGGUUGGCGUACCCAUCGAUCAGCAGGGAGGGGGACCUAUGAGCCAGCAGGUCGGGGUCCCCAUCAACCAGCAGCCUCCGGGUGGUGUUCCUGUGCCUGGCGUCACUACCCCGCCCUGCCCUGACAUUGGGCCGCUGGUAGCCCUGCAGGCAGCGCUGCAGAUGUCAUCUCCUGACGCGCUGCAGACAUGGGACCAGGGGUCGGACCCCUGCGACGGCACGUGGGAGACUGAGGUUAUCUGCGACCCCAUGACCGGCCAUGUCAUUCGCCUCGACCUGCGUCGGGCCAACCUGUCCGGAGAAAUCCCGUCAGCAGAACUGGCACAGCUGAACCGCCUCACUUACCUUGACCUGGGCGGCAACGAAUUCACGUCCUUCAUCCAGCAGGAGUUCUUGGAGAGGCUCACCCGCUUGGAGUACCUCUCUCUGGCGGACAACCAGCUGAAAUGGUUUCCCACCUUCAUCAAUGCUCUCACGAAACUUACAUCGCUUGAUCUGAGCACCAAUCAAUUCACGGGUGAAUUUCCGGAGGACGUCCUCGUGAUGCCCAACCUGCUGCACCUCAAGUUGGAGGAGAACCGUUUCGUUGGUGGUGUGCCUGACGCCAUCACUGACCUCAGCAAGCUCCGAUCCAUCACCCUAGCCGGCAACAACUUCACCGGCCUGCUGCCUGAAUCGCUUGCGCAGCUCACAUCCCUUCAGGCCAUCAACCUCGCGAGCAACCAGUUUGCUGGGCCACUGCCGGAAAGCUAUGCUGGGCUGACCAACAUGGUGUUCUUCAAAGUGGCGACCAACAAUCUUGAGGGGGGCAUCCCUGACUGGCUGGGCUCCUGGCCUCGACUCAACCACCUGUCGUUGUUCCACAACAGGUUCACGGGACUCAUCCCCGAAUCCCUUGCCACUGCCAGCAACCUUGCCACCUUGGUUCUGGAUGAGAACCAGCUGACGGGUUUCCCUGCCAGACGCCCUCAGCGCGCUCACCAACCUCGAAGCAUUCUAUGCGGUGGGCAACCAGCUGGACGGGGGAAUCCCAGGCUCCUACUCCAAUCUGCGGAAGUUACGAUACAUCAAUCUGAGCGUGAACACCACGAUCUGAGUUUCAACACCAAGCUCACCGGGCUCCUUCCUGAUUAUCUCAGCGGCAUUCAGUCGCUAGAGUCCAUUGCAUUUGAGGAGUGCAAUUUCAAGGGCCCCCUCCCUGAAGGCUACGCCAAGCUGCCUGCACUCGCCGAGCUCUAUCUGGACCGCAACGACCUGGAAGGUUCCAUCCCGGGGCUGUACGGCGACAUGCCGAACCUGGCGACGCUCUACCUCAGCGGCAACCGCCUGACCGGGGAGAUUCCGGGAAGCUUCUGCCGGCUGGGGAAGGCCAAGUCGAUUGUGCUGGGGCACAACGGGCUCACGGGCAGCAUUCCGGACUGCAUCACCGGCAACCUGAAGGAGCUGCGGCUGCUGGACGUCUCCAACAACUACCUCACUGGCCCUGUGCCCGCAGUCCCUGCGGGCUCCCCUCUGCAGUUCGACUUCUCAAGCAACUGUUUGGACUCAACACAGGGCAACCAGCUGAGUCCCUGCCCCUCCUCGCCUGUUCCCAGCACGCAGCCCCCCGACGAAGCCACUCCCAGGCAGCCAGGGGCUGACGGAUCUUCCCCUGCUGAGACCACCGUUGACCCCUCCUCCUUCCCGCCCUCGCCCGACACCUCUGCCCUGAUUCAGAUGCUGGCAGGGCUGAGGGCAGCAGCAGGCACGGACGUGCUUCCCUCGUGGACGGCAGACUCUGACCCUUGUGACGGCUCCUGGGCUACUUCCAUCAAAUGCGACAACCUCACUCGCCAAGUCGUGCACCUUGACCUGCGCCGUGCCAACCUUGUCGGAGACGUCCCCUGCUUCGGCCUCUCGCGCCUCAACGCCCUCACAUACCUUGACCUCGGAUCCAACAACUUCACUUUCUUCCGCCAGCAAGAGUUCUGCGAGCAGAUGACCAACUUGCAGCAUGUCUCGUUUGCAGAGAAUCAGCUCCAGUAUUGGCCUCGGACUGUUGCCUACUGGCCUCAGCUCACGUUCCUGAGUCUGGCGGCGAAUCUGCUGUCUGGCCCUAUUCCCGAGGACAUUGGGGAUCAGAUCUCAACCACCCUCAUGCACCUGGACCUCAUGGGCAACUAUUUUAACGGCACUGUGCCCAGCUCGCUGUCAAGCUUUCAGAAGCUCAGGCACAUCGAUCUGAGUUUCAACGCCAACCUGACCGGGCCUGUUCCAACCGUGCUGGCCAGCAUCCAGACCCUCCGAACCAUCGACUUGGAGGCGUGCAGCUUCACAGGCGUGCUGCCGGAGAGCUACUCGCGCCUACCCUUCCUGGCCAGCCUGUAUCUCGACAAGAACGGGAUUGACGGCGCCAUCCCCAAGACCUUCGGCUUCAUCCCCAACCUCGUCAACCUGUACCUCAGCAACAACCAGCUGUCGGGCCACAUUCCCGAGAGCCUGUGCCGGCUGCAGAAGGCUGAGGCGAUCGUGCUAGAGAGGAACUCCAUCGGGGGGACGAUUCCCGAGUGCCUCUUGUCUAUGACGAACCUUCUGAUCCUUGACGUGACUGGCAACUACCUCAAGGGCCCUGUGCCGAAGCAAGAAGCAGGCUCCAUUCUUCAAUUCCUCUACUCUGGCAAUUGCUUGGACGGCCAGGAUCGAGGCAACGACCCGUGCCCGAUCGAGACGGCGGCGAACCCCAAUGGCAGGCUGCCACCUGGCAGCCACGAGAACCAGCCGCUGUGGGAGGGCAAUGCGCAGACGCCUGAGGAGAACGCCUGGCCAGGCACCAAUUGGGGAGAGGCACAGGCCGCUGCUGCUGCCGUUCCCGCGCCCUCAGCCCCAGUUGACUGGAAGCCCAUUCUGAGCUACGUGCUGAUCGCCCUGCUCUCAGUGGCCUUCAUCUAUCUCCUCUUCUCGGGAAUCGCUAUGGUCGCCAAGCGCCGCCGCUACUCUCCUGUCGACUUCUCCGCCCCGCGCGUCGACCAACUCCCAGUGACGGAGUAUGGCCUCUCCAAGAUCAAGCGCGCCACCAAGAACUUCACCACGGUGUUUGGCAAGGGCAGCUUUGGCACCGUGUAUCUGGCUGACGACUUCCUUCCGGACCAGAUUGAAACUCGUGCCAUCAUCAAGCGUGCCCACGAGCCCGAGAAAAUGACUGAGGCGCAGUUCAGGGAGAAGGUGCAACUCCUUGCCAAGGCGCGCCACCGCUACCUGGUCUCGCUGAGGGGGUACUGCAUCGGCAAGGCGGAGCGCAUCCUUGUGUUCGAGUACCUGCCGCACGGGUCUCUCUUCGACCGGCUGCACCGCUCUGACGUGGACCCCCUCCCCUGGGAUGCCCGGGUGCACGUGGCCGUCAACCUGGCAUCCGCCUUGGCGUUUCUCCACCACGGCUGCGACCCUCCCCUUGUGCACCGCGCUGUCACUUCGUCCAACAUCCUGCUCUCCGCUGAUAUGAGCGCCAAGCUCUCUGACUUUGGCCUUGCUCGCGGGUCCACUUCCCACGCAGCAUUCGACGAGCCGCCCCGCCGCCGCCCCAACCGCCGCCAGCGCGGCGCCGCCGGGCGCGACGACGCCUCUUCCAACUCCAGCCUCACUGGCGGCAUCGGCAGCAGCAGCAGCAGCACCGACGGCAACAGCGAAACCGAGUCCGAACUCCUGCAGCCGGUGGUCACCCGCACCGACGCGCGGAAGCUCGACAUCUACGGGUUCGGAGUCGUCCUCUUGGAGCUGAUCACCGGUCAGAAGGCGAUGAAAGACGUGCAUAUCACCAGCCUGGCAGCCCCUUUCCUGGAAGAUACCCAGAUGAUGCCGCUCAUGGUGGAUUCGGCUCUCGGGGGGUUUUUUAACCAGUCGGAGCUGAUCGAGCUGGCGACGAUCGCCAGGGACUGUGUGAAGGAGGAUCCGAACAGCCGCCCGUCGAUGCUCGAGGUGGUGAGGACUAUGGAGGGGAGCAUCGAGCUGGCUGUGGACCUGUUUGACCCACUCGACGGGGCGGGUGCCGCUGGGAGCGGGAAGGCCGGGACGCCCAAGGCUGGAGGGGCCGGGUACGCGGCGCUGAGCGGGGGGUCAGGGAUUGCUGGGGAUGCCAUGGGGAGCGGGGGGGGUGGGAUGGGGAGUGGGAGUGGGAAGGAGAAGUAUGGGAGGUCUGGUAGUGGGGGAGGGGCGUGGGCGCCGCUAGAGCUGUUUACAGGGUCGUUUGGGCGGAGGUCGGUUGGUGAGAGGGAGGGGGGAGGUGGAGGGGGAGGGGCCGGAGGGUCGGGGACUGGCCGGGCCGGUGGGGAGAAGGGGGAUAUUGAGGCGGGGUCGUCGCUGCUGUAUAUCACACCCAAGGACCACUAGAGAGCAAAGGGCAGCAUCAGAGCAAAAGGGCAGCGCCAGGGUAUGUGGGAGGUGAUGAGGCUACAGUGGAGUCAUUUUUUAGAAUUCUCAAAAAUGACUCCACUGUAGUCAGGGUAUGUGGGACGUGAUGAGGUGGCUCAAAACAGGCAUUCAGGCAGGGGGGGGAGGAAGCGGCGAAGCUGGCAUUCUGGUGGUCAGUGGCCCUGGUUAUGGUAGCCCUCCUAUAUAACGCUUCAUUUUAUCACACCCAAGGAAAGGCAGUGUUGCCGUUAGAGCUUGGCCCGAGCGCUUGCGGAAAGAACAGGGGGAGGCAGGUUUAUUUAUCACUUGGCGAAACAGUUGAGCUGGGUUCAAAGAGGAGGUAGCGGGGGAAGGGAUGGCCUGGGAGGAGGAGGGGGAGGUUUGUUUAUCAAUUGGCAAAACAGUUGAGCUUGGCUCAGAGAGGUACUGGUAGGUAAGGGGGGUGGAGGGGGGGGGAGGUUAUCUUGGGUAGAGUGGUCAAGAUGUGGAGUGGAGUGUGAUGUGAUUUGCACACAGGGUCCUUCAUGGUGCUGGUUCAGCCAGAUAGUGCUGCUGCUGUAUUGGAAUGAGGGCCCAAACCCAACCCCAAGAUUUGCAUUGGGGACUGCCUGGAACUGGAGAAGAUUCUUCUCACCAAUCAGAUGCACCCGGUGCGGGGCUGACAUAUGCUGGACUUGGUGUCUUCAUUUGGAUUUGCUGCCAUAGUGUAUCACACGGAGUUAAGCCAGGAUAUAUUCCGGUAUGUGAGACACUUACAUGUUCUUGGACAUCACUUGGAGCUACUUGUAGCUACAGUGAUUAGAUUGAAAAUAUCCUCUG